CUUUAAACAAAAGAGCAAACCUUCGAUUACUUUAAAAAAAUAAAAAAACUCCUGCCCAAGUUGCUGUGAGUCUUCGGUCUUCCUUCGCUCAAAAAUAAAUAAGAGGAAGGCUUUGAUCAAAAUUCUUCUUCCGUCUUUUCCUUCUCUCCCUCCUUCCUUCUCUUCAACGCCUUUCUUGUAAUCUGAAUUUCAACUGGAAAGUCGUCUCAUAUUCCUUGAUCUGAUCUUCACUACUAUUCAAGCUGAUGGCCACCGCCGGAAACAAGAACAUCAAUGCAAAAUUGGUGCUUCUUGGGGAUGUUGGUGCCGGAAAGUCUAGUCUUGUGUUGCGUUUUGUCAAAGGACAGUUUGUUGAAUUUCAGGAAUCAACCAUAGGUGCUGCUUUUUUCUCACAAACAUUGGCUGUGAAUGAUGCAACUGUAAAAUUUGAGAUUUGGGACACAGCAGGUCAGGAGAGGUAUCAUAGCUUGGCUCCAAUGUACUACAGGGGAGCUGCUGCGGCAAUUAUUGUGUAUGACAUAACGAAUCAGGCUUCAUUUGAGAGGGCAAAAAAAUGGGUCCAAGAACUUCAGGCACAAGGCAACCCAAAUAUGGUUAUGGCACUUGCUGGGAAUAAAGCUGAUUUGCUAGAUGCAAGAAAGGUAGCAGCAGAAGAAGCUCAAGUAUAUGCUCAGGAGAAUGGCCUUUUCUUUAUGGAAACAUCAGCUAAAACUGCUGUCAAUGUCAAUGACAUUUUUUAUGAAAUAGCAAAAAGACUACCUCGGGUGCAGCCAGCGCAGAAUCCAUCUGGAAUGGUUCUUAUGGAUAGACCUGCAGAAAGGACAGCAAGCACAUCCUGUUGCUCUUAACUAAUUCUGUAGUUGUGUCAUUUCUGCUUGUCUGUAUCUUGUAAAAGGUCUUGACUACUUGCCAUGCUCAUUGAAAAUACUUGUUUUGUGCUUCUUGUUGCAUUGGUGUAUUUACUUACUCAUUAAGAAAUGUACAUGUACAUUUCCUUUUCAACCAGUGAAAUGGAAAUGGAGUGGCUUCUUAUGUAAUGAAAUGGUUUGAUGUUUCUGUUUCA